AAAGCCAUGGGACUGAAGGAGCCCGGCGCGCCUUUGACCCUUCUCCUCUGGAUUACGGCUUCCUGGAGCUGCCUGCCCGGCUCCGCCGCUGGGGCCGGGGAAGCGGCGACCGCGGCGGCUCGCAGGCAGGAUGAGUCCUUCUCCGCGGCGAGCGUCUACGGAGCCAGAUGCACCUCCAGGUGUCUCAGCUUGCAGAUCACUCGCAUCUCCGCCUUCUUCAAGCAUUUCCAGAAUAAUAGUUCCUUGGUCUGGUGCCAGAAUCACAAACAAUGUUCAAAGUGUCUGGAGCCCUGCAAAGAAUCCUGGGAUCUGAAGAAAAAUCACUGCCAAAAUUUCUGUGAGCCUCUUUUCCCCAAGAAGAACUAUGAAUGCCUAACCAGCUGUGAAUUCCUCAAGUACAUCCUGUCGGUGAAGCAAGGAGACUGCCCAGCCCCGGAGAAGGCCAGUGGCUUUGCGGCUGCCUGUGUUGAAAGCUGCGAGUCUGACAGCGAGUGCUCUGGGGUGAAAAAAUGCUGUUCUAAUGGAUGUGGACAUACAUGCCAAGUACCAAAAAAUCUGUACAAAGGUGUCCCUUUGAAACCCAGAAAAGAACUAAAAUUUAGUGAACUUCAGUCUGGACAGCUGGAAAUUAAGUGGUCCUCAAAAUUCAAUAUCUCAAUUGAGCCGGUGCUUUAUGUGGUACAAAGGAGAUGGAACUAUGGGAUUCAUCCCAGUGAGGAUGAUGCUACCAGCUGGCAAACAGUAGCUCAGACCACAGAUGAGAGAGUACAACUGUCUGACAUCAGACCCAGCAGAUGGUACCAGUUUCGAGUAGCUGCCAUUAAUGUGCAUGGAACAAGAGGUUUCACAGCUCCCAGCAAGCACUUUCGUUCUUCAAAAGAUCCAUCAGCACCACCUGCGCCAUCUAACCUCCAAAUUGCCAACUCUACUGUAAACAGUGAUGGAACUGUAAGUAUUAGGAUCAUUUGGGACCUCCCAGAGGAACCUGACAUCCCGGUCCACCAUUACAAAGUCUUCUGGAGUUGGACAGUCAACAGCAAGUCUCUUGUUCCAGCCAAAAAGAAGAGAAGGAAGACUACAGAUGGGGCCCAGAAUUACGUAGUCCUUGAGGGUCUCCAACCCAACAGUAAUUACAUGGUGGAAUUGCAAGCAGUGACAUACUGGGGUCAAGUACGGCUCAAAAGUGCUAAAGUGUCUCUCUACUUCAGUUCUACUCAGACUGCAGUUAACAACAAAGAUCAGCUCUCUCCUGUUGGGAAAGCAACUGAUGCUCUUCCAUCCUUCAAAGGCAGAAGGCCCACUCGUCCUCUUGAAAUUGGAGUGCCUUUUUAUCAAGAUGAUCAGCUUCAGGUGAAAGUUUACUGGAAAAAGACAGACGAUUCAAGCAGCAGCAGAUACCAUGUUCAGUGGUUCCCAGAGUCUUGUCUACACAAUGAAACAAAGGGGCUUGAAAAAUCUGAUGGCAUAACUUAUGAAAACUAUAUCAUUCUCCAGGAUCUUUCAUUUUCAUGUAAAUACAAAGUUACAGUCCAGCCAGCAAGAUCCAAAGGGCGCUUAAAGACUGAAAGUAUUUACUUUUCUACUCCACCUUGUUCUGAUCUUAAAGGGAAGAAGUACAAGCAUAUUAGCUGUCCUACUGAAGGAGCUCCAGUUAUCCCCAAAGUGUUGGCAAAACCAGAGAAUCUUUCUGCCUCAUUCAUUGUUCAGGACAUCAACAUUACUGGCCAUUUUUCCUGGAAAAUAUCCAAAGCAAACCUUCAGCAACCCAUGACAGGGUUCCAGGUCACUUGGGCAGAGGUUACAACAGAGAGCAGGCAGAACAGCUUACCCAACAGUAUUAUUUCCCAGUCACAAAUAUUGCCAGUAGAUCACUAUGUACUGACGGUGCCCAACCUGAGGCCAUCAACUCUUUAUCGUUUAGAAGUGCAAGUGCUGACAACAGGAGGUGAGGGGCCAGCUACCAUUAAGUCAUUUCGAACACCUGAUUUGCUGAUUCCUCCACACAGGCCUCAUCUGAAGCAACAUCAUCCACAUCACUAUAAGCCACCACCUGAAAAAUACUAAGUUGUGUUAGAGUAUUAACUAGCUGGGAAAGAAUAUAAACUGAGCUCUCACAAGAAGAUCAGAAAAAUGCAUCUAUAUUGAAGUAUGUAAUGAUCUAUGUUCUAGUGGAUGAUUAUCCUAUCUGAACUGAAUAAAGAUAUCUACAUAAUAUGGACUGAAGAAAGCAUGUUUGUACUAAUUCUAGGAUAAAGUAUUUCAUGCAAUGAUCAACUGUAUUCAUGUAACUGAAACAUUCAACAUCUAUGAAAAUUAAAGAAUAUCUAAGUAUAGUGAUUUACUAGCAUCAUAGUAUAAACCGUAGGACACUCACUGUCUUCUCAGUUUGUAUAACUCUCUUUUUCAUUUUUUUUUGUAUUAUACAGAGUUUUAAACCUAUAAAUGUAAACCAACAUUCCUGUAUUAAGCUGUUACCAGUUUGAUUUAUACAUAUAUAAGUAUAUGUAUAUUUAAAAAUCUGGACCUGUGAUUAGCUGUCAAAAGACACAGAACUAAGUGACAUAAAUUCUGUAUUUGUUUUAUGAAGCCGAUAUUAACACACAGCAGCAGAUAUUACAUGAUAUAAGGUAUCCUUUCUUAAGCCAUCAGUAUGUCUUAAAGUUAAUAAAUGUUGGCAUUUACAUGUGAAUUUUGCCAAUCCCAGAUAAGAGUGGCAGAAAGUGAAUGCACUAGAUGAAAUAAAUAAAACUUUUAAUACACAAAUAAUGCUGAAUUUUUGUGGAUGGACAAUUUCCAACCAUGUAGGUGUGAAUGCCAACAUUCAAUUUUAGAUAGAUGCAACAUAGAUGUGGCCAAAGUUUCUGCAGUUUUGAAUAGCUAUAUUGCAUACACAUUUAAUUGGGAAUUCUGCUUGCUGAAUAACAUAUAUUAAUGUCAGUGGCUAUUAUAAGUGGGAGACACAAAUUAGUUAAAGCAGUAGUAAUGGUUAAAAUCCAGAAACUAAAAUAGUUUAGCUUAAUAGUCAUGACCAAAUGCCAUUCAAUGUCACCAAGACAAACCUAUAAAAAGAUUGACAUUGAACAUAAGGAUACAGUGCCGUUCUUGGAUAAAUGACUUGAUUCCUAAGUAUAAUACCUUAAGUAGUGGUUUAUCAAACAGGUCCUAUUUAUCCUUGCAUUCUAGUUACCUUUUUCAGUUACCUUUUUCACCACUAUUAACAAAUUUACUUGCAUCUAACAGUGUGCUCAAUGAGUACUCCAAGCAGCACUGGCUUUUUCAUUUCAAUAAAGGGAGCAUCUUUGUGCAUGCAGAAGACUGUCCAUGCAAUUCUUCAGUGUAAAUGACUGGAAGUCUACAUCCAGAGAAGACUGUAUGCCUGUGUUCUUAGAAUGAUGCUUAUCAUUCUAUUGCACCAAACAGCACCUCUGAGGACCUCCAGAAUUUUUAAAAAGAAAAAAAUUAAAUAUUUUUAAAAAGAAAAGCAUACUUUCUGACUAAUAUUAGGAGUACUACAUUCAAAUUUUAGCCUAAACAAUUUCCACAUAUUUUAUUUCAGCAAUGUAGUUCUGGGUCAGGCUUUUAGAUUUACAGAUAAUCACUUUUUCUUGUUUGUUUUGUUUUGAAAUUGUGAUUUCAUAUGGAUGACAGGAAAUAUUUAAAUACCCUGAAUCUUUAUACCUAUACUUAGCAUUUGAUUAAUGUAACAUUCUGAUAGUUCUAAAUCCUAUAAAAAUCAGUGAGUCUUCCCUUUCCGUCUCCCUAGUGAAAAAUUAAAGGGUUGUACCACUUUUCUUAUUAUUUAUGUCUUUGAUCAUUUUAAGGAGCUGAAUGCAUCCAGGUUCAUUUGUUCUUUAAAAAAGAGGAUUCUUUGUGUAAUUUUAUACUGUUCCUAGAAAAGUGAUAGAACAUUAAAACAGAGCUUUAAAGACAAGGGAUGCCAUGCUAAUAUUCAACUGGCCUUUUUGUUACAAAUAGGAAAGCAAAGGCAGAGUUGCUCUUGACUUAGUCCAUGGGCAUUUCUGAGCUUUGAAAGCACUUACUCCAUGAUUGGAAUAUACAGGCCUGGUUCCUUCUUAUAUGUUUGAAACAGCUGUUGCAGUUCUAGUAUGACAGAUAUAGCUUUCAUGUCACUUGAUUAUAGUGACAUGAUGGUGCAAAAACAUGUCAAAAGACUGAAAUUAUUUGUAUGCUCCCUUUAGCAAGCUCUGUAGAUCUGCCCUGUUCAUUUGUGCAAGUUUCCAGCCACUUUUAACUGCUAGCUCCCCAUUCCAGUAGUGGUGAGUCCUCCUGGUCUUUUGGCAUACAUUGUGUCUGUGUCUCCAGGUGUUAUAGGAUGGUUCAUACCUGAAUUCGCACCCUUUGAUCACUUGCACAAUAAAAUGCAGCAACAUGUUAUCCUUGCCAAUACAGUGCUGUUUGGCAGAGUUGAUUGGUGCAGUCAGCUGCAAAUAAUCAUGACUUGAGAAAUCAAAUUACACGCACAUCCCUGAACAAGGAGAGUAAAACCCCCAUUGAUAUCUGUUUUGAGUGUCAUACAAAGUAGAUUUUGAGAACUGUUACAUGGAUGUUUAAACUGCCUUGCAAUCACAGAAUUGUAUCACAGUGCGCACAGUGCUUGUCUAUACAAGGAUAGGAUUUAGUUACAAGAACAAUAUAGGAUCAAGGCCUAAAUGAUUUCAUUCCAAUACAUGUUCCUUUUUUAAAGGGGUUACAAAGGCAGAUGUGAUACUAGCUUAUUUAUUUUUAAAUUACAAUACCUUCCUCUUAUCCUAUUCUUGGUGUUGAGUGUUCUUAAAUGAUCAAUACCUGUGGACACACAAGUAACAAUAAGUAUGAUACACACCUGUACAUUGUAACUUAGGAAUAUGAUGCUUAUAAAUUGUUGCAUGUUUUUUUUAAUUUCAAAACGUUAUUUAAAAAUAAAUUAAUACCUACAGAUGUCGAUGGAUCUACAUGGUUUUGCAUGCCAAAAAUCAUGAUUCAGUUAUAGGCAUGAAGCGUGUGGCUGUAUUUACCUCUAUUGAAUAUAUUGGUAAGGUACAAUUUGCAAAGUAAUUAACAGAGAUUCUGUAUGUACAUUUUUCCCUGUUUAUGUAAGUAUAAUGUAGUGUGGAGAUAAUGGAGCUACUUAUUUGUUAACUAAAUUGGCUGUAGAAAUCAUGUUCUCACAACAGUCAUUUAAAAGUCAGUAUUUAUUUAUAUUUGUUAUACAGAAGAGGGUUAAUUUCUCUCUCUCUCUUGCUCUCUGUCUGAAAGAGAGAGAGAGAGAUGCUAUUUGAGAGAAUAAUGUUUCCUGUAAAAAAAUGUAAAAACAAUAUUGUAAAUAUUCUGCUCUGUUUCUCAUUAUUUUCAUGCUUAGAUUUUGUACAUAAGUUUAAGUAAUAAACUACUCUUCUAUAUAGAAAUUUUGUCUCAUGUACUUUUAUCACUAUU